CUGUUUCAGGUUAUCUGAGGGUCCAUUUGAGAGAACCGUAAAUCCACUUCCCCUGAGAAGAAACAAUCAUUUAAAACACACCGAUGCUUAUUAACUAUUAUACAAAAUUCUAAGUUUUGUUACCAUGAAACAAGUUUCAAAUUUAUUUAUCAUUAAUCUUAGCACCCAAUUUGAAAUUUGUGAUAUUUUACCCAACAUGAAGUACCUGUGGUUACUAAGGAAAGUUGUUUACAAGAUGUCAAGGAAAGUUUGUUACAGGGAAACGUUUCCAUUAAUUUAAAUGUACGAGAAGGGAUGCCUGGAAUUCCUGGAAGAAAGACUGUGGUAUGUUAUAUUUGUGGCAGAGAAUUUGGAUCACAGUCACUAUCAAUCCAUGAGCCACAGUGUUUGAAAAAAUGGAGGUAUGAAAAUGACAAGAUACCCAAACUUCAACGAAGGAAAACUCCAACAAAACCUGAGAUAUUACCUGAAAUAAAUGGGAAGGGUAAUAAUGAAAGGUUUAAUGAAGCCGCCUGGCAGAGCGCACAAUCUCAGUUGCUGCCUUGUCCAAAUUGUGGCAGAAAAUUUAACCCAGACAGACUGCCUGUACAUCAAAGAAGCUGUAAAGCAGAUAAAAAGAAAAAUCAGAACUCUGGAAGGGAGGAACUUCGCCCUAAAACAGCAGUUUUAAAUGCUCCAAAAUUUAUUGAUAAAAAUAAUACAGUUGACUUAGAAAAACAAAGUACAAGGAGAGAAGUCGACAUGAAAAGGAAUUCAAUCUCAAGAAACACAGGUGGUUCAGGUUCAAGACCCUCACCAAAUUUAUCUGCACCUGGAAUUGAAAGAGAGGGUACAUAUACAUCACCAAAUAAAACUUUGCCAAAAGCAAAGGUACCACCUGGCCCAAAUUUUGUCUUAUGCUAUAUUUGUGGAAGAAAGUUUGGCACAGCUUCUAUUUCAUUUCAUGAGCCGCAAUGUUUAGAAAAAUGGAAAAAAGAAAAUGAAUUAUUACCAAAAGCCCAGAGAAGAAAGUUACCAGUAAAACCAGAGGUUGUUUCUAGCAAUGGAAGUUACGAUUUGGAUGCUAUGAAUGUAGCUGCAUGGCAGAGUGCACAGUCUCAGUUGAUACCAUGUGACCGUUGUGGUAGGACAUUUGCUUCAGAUAGACUGUCUGUACAUCAACGAUCAUGUAAAGCCACAGGUGGUGUAAAGAAAGGCCCUGGUGGUUCUUCAACAAUCACUUCUAGCCAGAAUCCUCAAAGUAGGGAAAGUAAUAAAGAAUUAAGCACAAAAAAGAAUGUGGCCCCUGAGAAGCCAACUUUUGUUUUAUGUUACAUUUGUGGACAAAAGUAUGGUUCAAAAUCUUUAUCAAUUCAUGAACCUCAAUGUUUAGAAAAAUGGAAAAUAGAAAAUGAAAAAUUGCCCAAAGGUCAAAGACGCACUUUACCUAAAAAGCCAGAGGUAUUGCAGUCUGGUGGAAAGUUAGAUGUGAAUGCAUUAAAUGAAGCAGCAUGGACAAGUAGUCAAGCUCAACUCUUGGCAUGUGAAAACUGCGGUCGGACAUUUGCUCCUGACCGUCUUCCUGUUCAUCAGAAGUCUUGCAAGCCAAAAAUAGGUCAAGCUGCAAGCACAGAUAAUAACGCCCCUAGAAAUAAUUUGAAUAACACACCAACCGAAUCAAAGACAGUAACAGCGAUGCAGGGACCUAAAACAGUAGUUUGCUAUAUAUGUGGAAGGGAAUUUGGAACAAAAUCCCUUCCUAUUCAUGAGCCACAGUGCUUAGAAAAAUGGAAAAUAGAAAAUAAUAGAUUGCCAAAGGAAAGAAGACGGCCAUUGCCAAAAAAACCAGACUUUGGAAAAACAGUUACAAGAGAACAGAUGAAUGAGCUAGCAUCAGAAAAUGCAAAAUCCCAGUUGAUACCAUGUCCAAACUGCAGUCGUACCUUUGCUCCUGAUCGUUUGGAUAUUCACCUGAAGGCCUGCAAAAGUAAGACAGGUAAAGGAGGUGGAAAAACAACAGAGUUAAAAAGAAGUGAUCCUUCACAUUCCACUAAAACACCUGUGAUAAGAAGACCACCAACAGUUGUUUGUUAUUUAUGUGGUCGUGAAUUUGGUUCCAAGUCCAUAAGUAUUCAUGAACCCCAGUGUCUAGAAAAGUGGAAAAUAGAGAACAAUAAACUACCAAAGAACCAACAAAGACCAGCGCCUAGAAAACCUGAGAUUCGACACGUAGGAGGGAAAGGGUCAUAUGAUGUAGAUGCAUUUAAUCAGGCUGCAUAUGAGAGUGCUCAGUCUCAGCUGUUACCAUGUGAGAAUUGUGGUCGUACAUUUAAUCCAGAUAGACUUCCUGUGCAUCAAAGAAGCUGUAAACCAAAACCAAAGCCAGAAUGAAAGAGAAAAGGUUUGAAGAACUGUAAUGAAGUAUAUAAUUGGUUAUAUGAAAACAGAGAAUUGCCAGUUAAAAUCAGUACUAGUACACAACUUACGUUAGAUCUGUUAAGCAUUUAUAAAACACUCAAUAUUAGGCAGAUUGUAUCAAAACAAGCCUCAGUUGUCUUCUCCUUGAAAACCUGGAUGUUGAAAUCCAAGUAUUCGGAGUAGAAUUAUCAUGAACUUUCCAACCUUAGUUAUUAGAUUUUCCUUAAAUACCGUAUAUAUAUAUAUAUAAACAAGUCUAAAUUGAAAACAACGUUCAAACCUAUGAUUGCGUUGGAUAAAAACCGCAAUUUUUAUACGUGUGCAUGCAAAACAAAUUUCUUGGUAGAGGGGUCUAAAUACAGCACAAACAACAUUUUCCAAAAGACCAAAAAAGUGAAAAAGUAUAUUUUAACAAAACGCAUUUGACUAGCAGGUCGAACAACUGAUGUUCUUAAACCCUGCUGACUGCCAUUGGCGAUUGCCAAAUAAACGGAUCACCAGAUGUAAAAAUGGAUCUUAUUAUUAAUUUAUUACUAAACAGAAAACAAUAAGCUUGCGGAAAAGAUGGUAUACCGCAAACAUGAGGUGCAAAAAUUUGUACACCAUAUAUAUAUAUAUAUAUAUAUUUUAUUGAUUGAUUUUCCUUUUAGAAGGUUAAGCAUUUCCUAUAGUUCUGAUUGUGAUUGAUAAUAUUUAAGGAGUUAGUGCGGUAACUUUCCCAUUUGGCCAUGUAUAUUCAGUCCAUUAAUUCAAGAUGAGGAAUCUUUCAAGUUUCAAGUUGAUGCAGAAACAAGUGAGAUAGUUAAAUAGAACGAUUUUGUGGCGCUUUUCUGAUUAAAAUAGACCAAAAAUAGAGAUUUUGGUGAAAGGUGUAACCAUCAUCUGUGUUCGGCAAACUAAAUAUUUAAGUCGAUAGGUAAAUUAUUAUAAAAAAAAGCAUAAUGUUAAAAUGUCUUUUUUAUGAUUCAUGCUAUUUUUGUUUUAUGUCCUAAAGCCAAUGGAAAUAGACCGGUUUUCAUUGAACUAAGUGGAAAAAACGCUAUACGUGAAUUUAAAGAAAAAAAACAUUUUUCCUAUCUAUUCAUUGUUUUAACUUUGAUACAUGGUGAAAAUGGUUAUAAAAACCCUAUUUGAAAUUGAAGUUAGACAUAUUUGCCAUAUAUGGGACGUUAUCGUACCCUUCUAUUGCUUGUAAUAUGACUUUCAAGAUUUCGAAAUACCAAAAAAAUAUCCUAUGUUUGUUGUUGUUGAACAAUUUAUAAGAUGUUCAGGAUUUCAGAUGGAUGAUACUAUUCUCCAAAAAUGGUAUUCUCCAAAGUAUUCACUGAUUAUUAUAUUCUAUUUUAAUUUUUGUUGUUGCAUUUUAAGAUUAUAUUCUAUCUAUUAUAUGUAUACUGAACUGGUAUUUAUUAUUAACCGAAGCCUUCCGUACAAUGAAAUUUGAAUAUUAUUUAGACUCUGUUUACAUAUAAUUACGUUUUUUGUAUAUAUCUAAAUUUUUAAAGUCUAUGCUAAAGUUAUGCAAUAAAAUUAUAUACAUGUU